CACCACUCCUCCCCAAUCAUGGCCACCUCAGCACCUCCCCCUGCCGCUGAUGCCACUGCCACCACACCCGCCGAUGCCGCCGCCGCCCCCUCCAAGCCUCGCGACCAGGGCAGGGAUGGCAAAGUAGCAGACAUGGAGUACUACGACCUCCUCAAGGUCCCCGCAUCCGCCACUGACAUCGAACUCAAAAAGGCUUACCGCAAAGCAGCCAUCGUUAACCACCCAGACAAGGGAGGUGAUGAGGAGACGUUCAAGCUCAUUGGUGAAGCGUAUAGGGUGCUCAGCGAUAACAAUCUCAGGGGAGAGUACGACCGGUAUGGAAAGAAGAAGCCUACAGAUGAGGUUGGACUCAAGGAGGCAACGGACAUGUUCGGAUCCCUCUUUGGUGGAGAGCGCUUCGUAGACUACAUUGGUGAAAUCUCCCUCAUCAAGGACUUUGGAAAGGCCAGCGAGAUUAUGAUGAGCGAAGAGGAAAAGGCAGAGAUGGAGCAGCAGCUCAAGGAUGAGCAUGCAAAGACCCAUGCCGGUAGUGACGGAGGCGUGGCAGCUCAGGCACCAGCCACUGCAACUACUGAGCCCGGAGCCACUGCUACCCCCGCGCCUGACGCUGCUGGAGCGACGGCAGCUGGAGCAAAGCCCGACGCUACGACUGCUGGUCCAUCUGGCUCGCAUCUCCAAGCUCACGAUGGCAAGGCAGGCAAGGCGGCCGCAUCUGGUUCCAAAGCCAACAAGGUCACCCCGGAACAGCGUGCGAAGCUGGAAGAGUUUGAAAAGGAAAAGGAGAUUGCAGAGGAGAAGCGCAUCAAGGAUCUCACCGAGAAGCUAAAGGACCGUAUCCGUCCCUUCUGCUCUGCCAAGAACCCGGGAGACAAGGACGAUUCGGAAACGCAGCUCUUUGAGAAGAAGAUGAGGCAGGAGGCAGAGGACCUCAAGCUCGAGUCCUUCGGAGUUGAGUUGCUUCACGUGAUUGGAUCCAUCUACCUCACAAAGUCUACCACCUGGAUCAAGUCGCAACGUCACCACUUCCUUGGCCUGCCGGGCUUCUUCUCCAAGCUCAAGGAGAAGUCGGGCAUGGUCAAGGAGACGUGGAACCUGCUGGGUUCAGCAGUGAGCGUUCAGAUGAGCAUGGAGGAUCUUGCCAAGAGGCAGGAGAAGGGUGAGAUUCCCGAAGACGAGCUCAAGCAGCUCGAGAUGGAGAUGAGCGGAAAGAUGCUGCUUGCCACCUGGAGGGGAACAAGGUGGGAGGUGACUGGCGUGCUCAGGAAAGUCUGCGAUAAUCUCCUCAACGAAAAGGGAGUAGACAACAAGACGCUCCUCAAUAGAGCGAGGGCAUUGGCACUGCUGGGAAGCAUCUACAAGCAAGUUACACCGGACGAAUCGGAUGAAGAGAGACGUGAACUGGAACGUCUGGUGGCGGAAGCGGCAGGGAAGAAGAAGAACAAGGACAAGAAUGCUCCUGUGCAUGGAGCUACUGCAAAGAAGUCUACAGCAGCACCGGGCGCUGCAGCAGGUGGUAGCGGUACGGCCACACCUGCCAGUGCUGAUGCAAAGAAGGCGGCUUGAGCGCAGGCUUUCACUGCCUCUGUCUCCAUAUGACUCGGCGCGCCUGCACGACAGCAGUCACGCACGAGCUCACCUUCAAGCUCACCUUCAAACCUGUUUAUGCUUCCACUUCCGGACGUGGUAGACUUGUUCCCCACCCCCUUGCCCUCGAGAACCCCUCGUCUUGCCCUGCUCGGCCUGACCAUCUGUCGCUAGAGACAGCACAGCACGUCUGUCUCCAUGCAUGCUUACUUGCCAUGCCAUGCCAUUCCCAUGCUACAUCUACAUCUACGUUCACUCCACUCUCUUCAAGCCGCUCACGCUACCCUCUCAUGCCACAAUUCAAGGCGAAGAUUGAAAGGGCACUCGUGUAUGACCCAAACCCAACCUCCACUUGACUCAUGUCUAUCCCCUCUUUCUCUCGCGCUUUGUCUAGUCCUGUCGUGUCGUGUCGUGUCUACUCUUGUCGUGUCGUGAAUAUAUCUUUGAUUCGGUCGCGCAUUUCUGGC